AUGUUAAAAGGAUAUUUUAAAAGUGUUGUAGAUCUAGUGAACAAUCUGACUGAACCAGCUUCUGGUGACAGUGCGGAAGUACUUGGGGGAGGAAAUAAAGACCAGAGUAAUGCUAGUUCCGAAGAACCCCAAACAACUGGUUGUGUUAUCAGUUCGCAGAACAGCGAGAAUUCAGAAUCAAGUAGUUUACUCAGUCGGCUUCCCAACCUGCUAGCAGCAAGUGGUGAAAAUUCUAUGUUAUACUAUGUGAACUCAUUCGCAUCUAUGGGGAUAAAUUCUAGUGAGGAACAUGAAAAACAAGUCAGUCAAGAAUCUGAAAAAUCAUUAGUUAUAACCAAAGAUAUUUCGAAGAUUCAAGUAUCUGAAAAUACUGAUGUAUCAGUGUCACAAGAAGAUAACACAUUGAUAACUGACGAUAUGAAUUCAGAUAGGACGGAUGGAUUUUCAGCUAAAACUUCACGUGUUUGGGAACUGAUUAAAAAAGAUUUUAAUGAAGUUGUUCAUUCUGUCUCAGAACCGAAAGAUGCUGUCUAUCGUACUGCUUCAUCAGUUCGUGAUCGUAUCACAGCUGCUGCAAAUACAGUAAAAAAUUUAAAUCCGAAUGAAUUUUUAUUGCCUGACAAUGAGACGAAAACUGAUCAACAACUUACGAACACUGCAAAUGUUGUUGAUGAUGACCUAACAGCUUUACCACCAGAAUUGCCUAGUUUCUCAAAUAUUAAACAAGAUGUAUCCCAGUUGGUUGAUUCUUUCUAUAAUGGUUUAAUGUCGACUGGCACAUUUUUCGGCCUAAUAACUCCUCGAGAAAAUCAAUCUAAAGAUAAGAGUAAACAUCAAACUCGUCUCGAUGUACUUCGAGCAGAUCCUGCCACAUAUGAACUGGAACCACCAACACCUCCAACAUCUUCUGGGAUACAUUCAUAUCGUGACUGGAGGCUAGCAUAUUUUGACGAAGAUAAUUGUCAACCAAUGAAUGGUAUACCAUUAGCAGAUGCUAAAAAUCCUGAAUAUAAUAAUGUCCCAAUUGAAGAACUUACUCAACCACCACAUCCAAGUCCUGCGGAAUUAUUAGAUUCAUAUCCUUUUAUGCGAACAUAUUUAACUCAACUUGUUCAUCCCGAUGGUAAAAUUAAUGAUAAAUCUAUAAGUGAUGCUGAUUUUUGGUCAAGAUAUUAUUAUCGUGUUUGGUUAUUAGAUUCAACUGAAUUUCGUCGAAGAAAACUUAAUGAACGAGUUGAAUCUGUAUCAACUGUGAAACAAACAAUAUCAAAUCAAUCUACUCGGUAUACUAACAAUGCUGAUGAAACCUCCGAAGAUUUAAAUCUUACCGAAGAUGACAAAUGGCCAGAUUCACCAGAUAGUGAUGAUCAUACAACCGUGGAGAAUAAUUCGGAAAUUUCAAAUAAAAGAAAAUUCACAAAACACUGUCAUAAAGAUACUGCCGUUACUACUAGCAACAGUAACAGUAAUUUUGAUGGUGACAGUAAUAAUCUCAAUGAAAAAUCAAAUAAUGAUUGUAAAUCUAAAAGAAAACAUGUUUCUAAAAAGUCAACGAAUAAAAAUAAACCCUUGAAAGAAAUAAAUUGUGAUAAUAAAGAAAUUAUAUCGGAUAAACUGGAUCAUACUAAAGUUGAAUGUUUAUCUGAUUCAACAACAGAAAAUCAAAAUUCAACAAAUAUCUUGUCAGAUUUUGAAGAAAUGAUAUCUGAUCCAUCAUCAGUUGUGAUACUUACAGAUGAAGUUGGUCAAGAUGAAGUAGAGAAUGAUGUAAUGACAGUGGAGAUGGCAAUUACAACCGACAAACCAAUCGUUCAUUCUUCUGAAAUACCCACUGUUGAACAUAAAACUUCAAUUUCUGAUGAUGAAGUUUGGAGUGAUUCUGAUGAAAGUGAAGAUUGUUCAAUAGACAAAACCAAUAAAAAGUCAACCAAAAAUAAUAAUAAUAAUAAUAAUGCUACAGACGAGACCGAUACCACGAGGAAUUCUGAGUCACAGUUAACUGAUGAGGCUGAUGAUUGGGAGAAUUGGUCAUAA